UGCGGCCAAUGCCAUGUCUGCUCUCGCCGUCGGCUCACUUCCACACGCCUCCUCUUUCAAGCCUUUGAGGAGGCAGAGGAAACCAGUAUGCAAUGCCGCCAGGGCUGGGCUUGAGAUCGAAGAGUAUCAUGACGAGCAUUUCCGAGCUGCACUGCUGCGGGUUUCUCUUCGUUUACAGGAGACUCUUCGCCCAGAUCCUCUGUUCAUAGACCCGUACAUCGGAUGCCUUUUGCCACCCGACCAUCUUCAAAUGGACAAGAGUCUGGGUGUGCACAGCCACUGCCUUGCGACUAAGUUCAUUGACGACAAAUUGCUCGGCACAAUGGAAAAGAAUGAUGGACCUAUGCAGGUUGUUUUAUUCACAGACGGCAUGGAUACUCGGCCUUACAGGCUUAAUUGGCCUGCUUCAACAAUACUGUUUGAUGUAUCUCCAGAUAGACUAUUCAGGGAAUCAAUCCAGAAACUUGAAGCUUUCGGUGCUAAGGUUCCAAGAAGUUGCUUGUUCCUUCACAUCCCAUCGGAAGCACCAGAUGUUCAACAAGAAUUACGAAGUAAAGGAUUUAGUGGUACCAGGCCAAGUUUGUGGGUUCUCCAGGGACUACCAAUAAUGACAUUGGCUAAUUUUAAAGAUACCUUGAGCAUUGUCAGUAAUUUAACUAUGAAGGGAUGUUUUUUCAUGGGAGAAGUGCCUGGUUGGCUGGUUGGAAGUGAGACCAUGGAGAAGUCGUCAACAAUGAAAUGGAUGGACAAAAUCUUCAUGAGCCAUGGUUUAAGAGUGGAGAUGAUCAAGCAUGAUGAGGUUGCCAGAAGGCUGGGGGAAGAAGUAAGGGUGGAUGAGAAGAAGGAUAUACUUUUUAUGGCGGAGCAACUGCAGUUUUCGGAUGAUCAGAUGGAAAUGUGGAGGAGAGAGUUGCAGAGAAUGGAAGAUGAGGCGGAUGAAGAAGGAUUUGAGGAGCUCUGAAGGAAAGAAGGAAGGAAGUGCAUUCCACUUGCAUUUGUGCCCAUCCAUACGAGUACAUCACUCUAUUUAAUUAUUGCUUCAUAUUGAUAAUAGAUGUGUGUGUGAUCUUUCAUUGUCUGUGUUUCCGUGUGUGUUGGUGUAUAAAUUUAACUACUAAGUCAUCCAUCAAGUAA